AUGGCAUCAACAACCAAUGCAACCAAUAAUUCACUAUCAUCAUUGAAUAAUUCCAGUAAUGAUAAUGCAUCUAGUCCUUACUACAUUCAUCACUCAGACAAUCCAGGGCUUGUACUUGUGUCACAACCUCUCAAUGUAUCGAAAGAGGCGGCAAGUGUUAUCUACUCCGAAUCAAUACGUGAUAUGUGGAUUGAUCUGAAGGAAAGAUUUCGACAGAGAAACGGACCUCGAAUUUUCCAGCUAAGACAUGAACUGAUGAAUCUCAAUCAAGGCCAGAUGUCGGUUGGUGUGUAUUUCACCAAAUUGAAGACACUGUGGGAAGAACUAAGCAAUUACAGACCAAUAUGCUCAUGUGGAAAGUGUGUCCGUGGUGGAUCCAAGAAGCUCUCUGAACAUUAUCAGAUGGAAUAUGUCAUGUCAUUUUUAAUGGGGUUGAAUGAUACUUAUGCUCAAGUUUGGAGGCAGCUGCUACUGAUGGAUCCCAUACCUUUCAUCAAUAAAGUUUUCUCACUUGUUUCUCAGGAGGAACACCAAAGGAGUGUCAACACCAGUACCAGUAAUCCUGCCACUGAAGACUCUAUAGCGUUCUACACCAAAAUCGAUCCUAAAAAGGGUGGUUCAAGACAAAUGCACAACAAAUUUCAAAGGAAGGAAAGACCCAUGUGUACAUAUUGUGGAAUAGCGGGACAUUCAGUGGAUAAAUGUUAUAAAUUACACGGCUAUCCUCCAGGUUAUAAGAUGAAGCAAAAAUUCAAUGAUCAAGUGGGAAACCAAUCAAGACAAGUUGUUGUGAAUCAAGUAACAUCUGAAUCCAAUUCAGAACAACUAAGAAUACUGUAG